AUGGCGACUGAGCUGGAUAAAGAAGACAAGGCCGCGCUGGAUGCGCUCGAGUCGGAGGCCAAAGAGUGGGAAAAGGAUGCGGAAAUCGAUAGAAUAUUGAACACCUUUCGGCUGGAUGCCUACGCCGUCCUCGACCUCCAGCCCGGCGUGCCCGAGUCCGACAUCAAGAUCACCUACCGCAAGAAGUCUCUCCUCAUCCACCCCGACAAGUGCAAGAACCCGCGCGCGCCCGAGGCCUUUGACCGGCUCAAGAAGGCGCAGGUCGAGCUGUUCGACGAGAAGCAGCGCGCGCGCCUCGACGAGGCCAUCGCCGACGCGCGCGCCCUGCUCCUCCGCGAGCGCAAGCUGACCGUCGACAGCGAGGAGCUCAAGACGGACGAGUUCGCGCGCGCGUGGCGCGACAAGGCCCGCGAGGUGCUCGUCGACGACGAGAAGCGGCGCAGGCGCCAGGCGCGCGCGCAGAUGCAGGAGGAGGGCCGCGAGCAGCGCCGCGCGGACGAGGAGGCCGAGGAGCGCAAGAGGAAGCGCCAGCACGACCAGGACUGGGAGGCUACCCGCGAGGAGCGCAUCACCAACUGGCGGCAGUUUCACAAGGGCAAGGUCGGUGGUGGCGGGAGUGGCGAGCCGGACAAGAAGAAGAAGAAAAAGAUGAAGCCCAUCGGUUGA